AUCACGUGACCUCUCGAUUUCCGUUUCCGCCUUUGCUAGAAUUCGUGUUUGUCGAAUGGCAUCCGUCGCAAUCGAAGUUGUCGUCGUUCGAAGAUGAAGCUUUUUCUUGUUUUGUUCAUUUUAUUAAUAGUUAUAUCGGUAGCUUAUUCCAUAAAUUCGUUUUACGAGAAGAAUGCGUGUAAAGACAGGUCGCCGGAUCGUCAGUUAAUGGAACUUAGUCAAGUCUACGCCACUUUCACCUGUGAUAAAGAGAAUUACGGAAGAGGCCGAUUCAUAAACUGUAAGUUUUAUCAUAAAUUACCUGAUGCAGAAGAGGAAGGAGUAGAACACUUUUUGUGUACUGUAUUAAUAAAGAGCAAGGAAAAACAAAAUAUUGGAGUUGGAGAGUUUAUAAAAUGGUCAGAUUCUGCUUCCCCUGUACAAUGUAAAUCUGACAUUAAUACUGCUAUAAUUAAUAAAGAUGAUAAAACAAAAGAAAACAUAACCUUUGCUUGGAAAAGUCCCGCUGAAGAUUUAGGAGAACUUUAUUUUUCAAUGUCUUAUUCAGGUUCACAGUAUCAUACUGAAGUUAGAAAAAAUCUUAAAUUUAUAGAUUAUCCGGUUAGUUUAAAAGAAUGCGGCAACAGAAAGAAUUGCAUGAGAUAUGCUUCAGAAAAUAAAGACUGUGACGCUGACAACUGUAAAUAUGCCAUCACGUAUGGUUUCUUCGAUACUUAUCGUAAUACAGUUAAAUUUACUUUUGACAUUCAAGAAGAAAAGAAUUCUUUUCUGGCGAUUGCAUUUACAAAAAAUGAUCCUAAAGUAAGUUUUUUCAUGUUUAAUGGAAAAUUCUAAAAUUAUUGAAUUUUU